UGACGAAGCUCCAAAAAUCCUCAAAGUCUGUUGCUUUGCACGUCGUUUUCAUCGUACUCUUUAUCCUCGUCACCGAGCUCCAUGUGGGGCCCCUCUCCAACCUCCGAUGGGGCGUCCCUCACAAGUCUCUCUCUCCCUCUCUCUCCAGUGGUCCAUGGUUUCUUCAAGAAUGAAACGACGGGACGUUGCCAUCUCUUUCGCGCUUUUGCCUUCGCUCUCUCUCGCGGACUCGCCCACGCGCGCGCAUGGAGGACGAGCCCUUUCUCGCCUCCCAAACAGGGCCCCAACUUGAACGGAUUGUUGAAGACCAGCACCCGUUUGCUCAAUUCCACAACAAGAACAAGCAGAGCCUCCACCGAUGCAGGACAGCCCCGGCGAUGGCCGUGGUGAAGGACCUCAAGAAGAGGGCCACGACCCGCGACCCGAAUCCGAGGCCCGGAUCCGGAUCCAUAGUCGGGCAGGCUCUCUUCUUUCUCUGCAUUUACCUCUUUCUCGGGGUCGGCAUUUACGCGUUCAAUAGGGACCAUUUCUCUGGCGUUGAGACGCACCCUGUUGUGGAUGCUCUGUACUUUUGCAUCGUCACCAUGUGCACUAUAGGUUAUGGGGACAUUGCCCCCCUGACCCCCGAGUCCAAGGCCUUCGCUUGCGUGUUUGUGUUGGUGGGCUUUGGUUUCAUAGACAUAUUGCUCAGUGGGGUAGUGAAUUUCGUGCUCGAUCUGCAAGAGAACAUGAUCCUCGCCACUGCAAGAGUGAGUGGUGAGAGUGGAGGGUCUGGUGCCGUGAAUUACAUCGUCGAUGUUGAGAAGGGAAGGAUGAGGAUCAGGUUGAAGGUGGGUUUGGCACUCGGGGUGGUGGUUCUGUGCAUUGGGAUGGGGUCGUUGGUGCUCUGCUUUGUGGAGGGUUUGGAUUGGUUGGACUCGGUUUAUUUGGCGGUUAUGUCUGUCACGACCGUUGGGUACGGGGACAAGGCCUUCAAGACUUUGCCGGGGCGGCUCUUCGCCGCGGUUUGGCUGCUUUUCUCGACGCUGGUGGUUGCGAGGGCGUUUCUUUAUCUGGCCGAGGCGAGGAUUAACAAGAGGCACCGGAGGAUUUCGAAGCUGGUGUUGCAGAGGGAUGUCACUGUCGAGGAUUUGUUGGCAGCCAAUCUAAACAACAAUGGCUUCAUCAGUAAAUCGGAGUAUGUUAUAUACAAGCUGAAAGAAAUGGAGAAGAUCAGCGAGAAGGACAUAUUACAGAUAUGUGAUCAGUUCAACAAGCUUGAUCGAAACAACUCUGGAAAAAUAACACUCCUACAUCUCUUGGACAAUCACCUGUGAUGACGAAAGACAGGGGAAGUAUUCAUGAAUAUGCAAAAGAUAACCCAAACAUUGUCUUUGGUCCGAUCGCCAUAAUAGUGCAUGUUUUUCUUGCCCCAAAAGCUGUACAUAUGCUUUAAGUGUACAUAUCCGACGGUUCUCUAGGUUAAAGACAACGAUCAGAAAUUGAAAAGAGAGCACCUUUUCCCUCCACCAUUGCUACUGAUUGAGGAGUAUAAUCCAAGGAAGUGCUAUCAUAGUACCUGCUGUUAAUUCUCUUUUCUUGCAAAUGACAUUGAAAUCGGACAAUGUCAUUGGAGGAGACUUGAUGCUUCAGUCGAUAGCGUCCUUUUAAUUUCCUUUUAUCUAGUUUUUGCUAUGGAAAUCACAUAGGAUGUUUCUAAUGAUUGUACUGAAGCACGAAGGAAUCAUCUGGGUUGCUGGGGUAUAUAAUCUUUAUCAGGAGACUCCUUCCGCCAUAGGCAUGGAUUGCCGCAAAAUGUUUCAGGAAUGUGCGGUGAAUAAUGCAGCUGCAGCAACUCGUAGUUGAAACUCAAAAACAACUGAAAUCAAUGGCCUUUAAGAGAACUAAUAACUGGAAGGCUGACCAAGGAUUGUGUCUGGCUUAAAUGAAUCCAAAAGGUGCAGAACAACUGGAGUUGCAGACCACACAAGCAAACUGUUUGGUAAAUUAGCAAGACUCUGAAGAAGGGUUUCCAUAGAACCUGCUUCACUGUCUGCUGCAAAUGGAAACCAUUUUGUCCAUGUUUCCUUUUGACUACUUGUUCUUGCAUGCAAGCUGGGCAGCAGAAAAUCCUGCAAAUCCGGACAAAGAAAGAUUGGCAGACGUCAUAGCCCCAAUCUCUACACAAAAACAACUCCUAACAAACAACCCCACCGAUGCACCAAAUACAUCCAUGACACCCUGAACAAAAAGAGAAUCUUCAAAUAAAAAACAAGGAGCCCACAAAAGUAGAAUUAAGACAUAUACCUGUGCCUCUUGUUUUUGCUAAGCAAGCAAUGUGGAGCACUGAAGAGAUCAACAUUAAAUUAGUAGCCUACACGAUGGAAUGGUAUAUCCUAGCUUAGAUUUCGUGUAUCGGACAGCUUCCCAGUUACGCAUCCGCAUCAAGACCGGAGUAUACAUGAGAGACUAUUUCCUUGUCGCCUGGCCUCAAGUGAAUUACCUUGUGCUGGAACCGAUGCGUUUCUGGAUCUCCAAAUGCAGUCUUUUGACCAUAUAUCCAGUCUUCUUAUCCUUAUCUGGUUUAAUCUGUCUCACAUUUGAUGAGGAUGGAGGGAGAGAAAAGGAUGGUCUGGUCAAUUUCAUUAGGUUAUGAGUUGUUAUCUUCUGUUUUGUACUACUCAAUACCUAAUCCAUCAUCUUUUCCCUGACCAUGAUCAAAAGUUCUAUCCUUCCCCAAUAUGCAGGGCCAUUCAUUUGUCAAUUUAUUUAACUAUCAGUAUUAGCGUCAUGUUAUCCACAUUGAGAAGAUUCGUCUGUGAUGCAAUUAGAAGGGAA